UCGCGGUGGCGCUGGGGCGCAGCCACGCGGCCGCGCGAGGGUGGGGGACAGAGGUCCCCGAUCCAGCCGUGCGCACAGCUGUUCCCGCGGCCGCAGUGCUGCGGGCGGACCCUAGGCGCCCCCCCUCGACUCCCCCCGGGUUCCACCUAAGCCUCCCCGGGUGCCCAUCCAGUUCUUUGGGUGACUACAGCGUGUUUUGUUUUUUCUUUCUUCUUUCUCCUGCCCGCGGGUGCCCUUCUCCAGGAUGGCAGAGGCGGAACUGCACAAGGAGAGGCUGCAAGCCAUAGCAGAAAAAAGAAAGAGACAGACAGAAAUAGAAGGCAAGCGACAACAGCUUGACGAGCAGGUACUGCUGCUCCAGCAUUCCAAGUCCAAAGUGCUUCGGGAAAAAUGGCUGCUGCAGGGAAUGCCCGCAGGAACUGCCGAGGAAGAAGAAGCCAGGAGAAGGCAGUCUGAGGAGGAUGAGUUCAGAGUCAAGCAACUGGAGGAUAACAUUCAGAGGCUGGAGCAGGAAAUACAAACGCUCGAAUGUGAAGAGUCCCAGAUAUCAGCCAAAGAACAAAUCAUCCUAGAGAAACUAAAGGAGACUGAGAAAUCCUUCAAGGACUUGCAGAAGAGCUUCUCCACUGCGGAUGGAGCUGUGUACGCCAUGGAAAUUAAUGUGGAGAAAGACAAACAAACAGGAGAGACCAAGAUUCUCUCUGCAUCUGCCAUUGGCCCAGAGGGGGUGCAUCAGAGAGGAGUCAAAGUCUAUGACGAUGGUACCAAAGUAGUAUAUGAGGUGCACUCAGGAGGCACCAUAGUAGAAAACGGAGUGCACAAAUUAAGCGCAAAGGAUGUUGAAGAGCUUAUUCAGAAAGCUGGACAAUCAAGCUUAAGAGGAGGGUACAUGUCAGAAAGGACUGUUAUUGCAGAUGGGAACCUCGGCCAUCCCAAGGAACACAUGCUCUGCAAAGAAGCCAAGUUAGAAAUGGUGCAUAAGUCUAGGAAAGAUCACUCUUCUGCGAACCCAGGGCAACAGGCUCAAGCUCCCAGCACAGAAGGGCCAGAGGCCAUCUUGGAUCAGCCAGUCACCAUGAUUUUUAUGGGCUACCAAAACAUCGAGGAUGAAGAGGAGACUAAAAAGGUACUGGGCUACGAUGAAACCAUCAAGGCAGAAUUAGUUCUCAUUGAUGAAGAUGAUGAGAAGUCAUUAAGAGAGAAGACAGUGACAGAUGUGUCCACUAUUGAUGGGAAUGCAGCUGAGCUGGUAUCCGGAAGGCCGGUCUCAGACACCACUGAACCCUCAUCCCCAGAAGGGAAAGAAGAGAGCCUGGCCACAGAGCCAGCCCCAGGAACUGGGUGGGAGAGUAUGCUGCUAACGGUGGAGGAAGCAACCUUGGGAGCUACGGAAACAUCCUACCCAGAAAUGACUAUCAAGAAGCCACCCCAGCUUUCCCAGGAUGAUAUCCUACUAAGGAACGCGAGAGACGACCGCACUGCCAAUCUCCUGGCACCCGCCACCAGCACUCUUCCCCCAGAUCACAAAAACAUGGAAAUUGAGGUGUCUGUUACAGAAUGUAAAAGCGUUUCUGGAGUCACUUCGACCCUCUCUACAGACCGCUCCUCUCCUUUCUAUUCACCCUCGCACAACGGCCUCCUCCCUGACCACCACGAGUCCCUGGAGAAUGAUGUGGCCAGGGAGAUCCAAUAUCUAGACGAGGUGCUGGAGGCCAACUGCUGUGACUCUGCUGUGGAUGGAACCUACAACGGAACCUCUUCCCCAGAGCCCCGUGCAGCGAUCCUGGUGGGCAGCCUAGGCCCACCUGCCCACGAAGCCACCCAACCAGAACCUGCAGAGAGAGCAGCUGGCAGGCCAGCUCCUCCUCACAUUGAACUCAGUAGAAGCCCCUCGGACACCAUGGCAGAGGCAGAACGAGCAAACGGUCACACCCCGGACCCACCCCUAGGAGACAGCCUGCAGGCCCCUGCGAGCCCCAGCUCUUCCACCAGCUCCCGCUGUUCUUCCCGCGAUGGGGAACUCACACUUACCACGCUCAAGAAGGAGGCCAAGUUUGAGCUGCGUGCUUUCCACGAGGACAAGAAACCCUCGAAGCUCUUCGAGGAAGACGAACAUGUGAAGGACCAAUACUGCGUCCGCAAAGUCAGGCCCUCUGAAGAGAUGCUGGAGCUGGAGAAGGAGCGCAGAGAGCUCAUCCGGAGUCAAGCGGUGAAGAAGAAUCCUGGCAUUGCAGCUAAAUGGUGGAAUCCUCCCCAGGAAAAAACCCUGGAGGAACAGCUGGACGAGGAACAUCUGGAGUCGCACAAGAAGUACAAGGAGCGCAAGGAGAGAAGGGCACAGCAGGAGCAGCAGCAGCUGCAGCAGCAGCAGCAGCAGCAGCAGCAGCAGCAGCAGCAGCAGCAGCAGCAGCAGCAGCCACAGCUCUGUGCAGCCCCUGCUUCCUCUCUUGACCGUUCGGGUGGGACUGAACACACCAAGGAGGCCAUUGUCACAGAGCAGAUAGAUUUCUCUGCAGCGCGCAAGCAGUUCCAGCAGAUGGAUAAUUCCAGGCAAACAGUGGCCAAGGGCCAGAGCGCACCCAGGCUGUUCUCCAUCAAGCCUUUCUACAGGCCUUUGGGCUCCAUCCACUCAGACAAACCACCAACCAUCCUUCGGCCAGCUUCUAUGGGGGGAUCUCCAGAAGACAACGGCACAUCGGUGGCAAAGGGGCAGAAAGCGCCCUGUGUGCUUUCUGAGAGCCAGACAACAGGAGGAGGCCCAGGCAGCACAGCCCCUCAGGGAAAGGAAGGACCUUACAGCGAACCCUCCAAACGGGGUCCCUUAGCCAAACUGUGGGCAGAGGACGGAGAGUUCACCAGCGCCCGGGCGGUCCUCACCGUGGUCAAGGAUGAUGAACAUGGCAUUCUGGAUCAGUUUUCAAGAUCGGUCAAUGUGUCUUUGACCCAAGAAGAGCUUGACUCAGGUUUGGAUGAGCUAUCGGUUAGAUCGCAGGACACCACGGUGCUGGAGAGCCUGUCCAAUGACUUCAGCAUGGACAACAUCAGUGACAGCGGGGCCUCCAAUGAGACUCCCAAUGCCCUCCAGGAAAACUCACUGGCUGACUUCUCUCUGCCUCACACUCCGCAGACAGACAACCCCUCAGAAGGCCGAGAAGGGGUCUCCAAGUCCUUCAGCGACCAUGGUUUCUAUUCUCCUUCCUCCACCCUGGCAGACUCUCCACCCGUCGAUGACCCCUUAGAAUAUCAGGCUGGGCUCCUAGUACAAAAUGCCAUUCAACAAGCCAUAGCUGAGCAAGCAGACAAGGCUGGGUCCCAAACCAGCAAAGAGGAGGCCGUAUCCCAGGGACCUGAAGCAACUCUAGAGGAAGCUGAAGCCGGGGCUUCUGGAUCCCAGAAGCCUCGAGGCAUGUUUGCCCCACCUCAGGUGUCCUCUCCUGUUCAAGAGAAAAGGGAUGUCAAACCAAAGAUCUUGCCUGCCGAGGACAGGGCUCUCAGAGAGAGGGGGCCCGGCCAGUCACCUGUGGCUGUGCAGCCCAGUGGCCCAGUCAACAUGGAGGAGACCAGGCCUCCAGAAGGAGGCUAUUUCAGCAAGUACUCAGAGGCAGCUGAGCUGAGAAGCACAGCUUCCCUCCUGGCUACUCAAGAAUCUGAUGUGAUGGUUGGGCCCUUCAAGUUGAGGUCAAGGAAACAGCGGACUUUGUCCAUGAUUGAAGAAGAGAUCCGAGCAGCCCAGGAAAGGGAAGAGGAGCUAAAGCGGCAGAGACAGGUCUUGCAGAGCACACCGAGCCCCAGGGCCAAGAACGCCCCAUCGCUGCCCUCCAGAGCCUCAUGCUAUAAAACCGCCCCAGGGAAAAUAGAGAAAGUCAAACCUCCUCCAUCCCCUACCACUGAAGGUCCCAGCUUGCAGCCUGACUUAGCUUCCGAAGAGGCUGCCGGAACCCAGAGGCCUAAGAACCUGAUGCAGACCCUCAUGGAAGACUAUGAGACACACAGAUCUAAAAGGCGCGAGAGAAUGGAUGAUAGUAGUGUCCUUGAGGCCACCCGGGUUAAUAGAAGAAAGAGUGCUCUGGCCUUGCGCUGGGAGGCAGGGAUCUAUGCCAACCAGGAGGAAGAGGACAACGAGUAAACUUUCAGCCCAGGAAACUUCUUUGGUGCUUGGGAUACCAAGAAACCGAGACAUGAUCAAAUCAAAGCAUUUUAAUGGACUCUUUAUUAAAAUGCACACAAACUCAGCAAUCCUUAUGUAGAUCAGAAGCUGCAAUACACAAUAAUGAAAAAAAUAAUCAUCAAAAAGGAAGUCAAUCCACCCAUCAAACUCUUGAGACCUAGGAAUCAGCAGAGAAAGGAUUUCUUUGUGACUCAAGAAGAAACCUCUGGAUUGGGCCCCGUCCACAAUUGAUCCAAAAGGACAGAGACAUCACAAGCAAAUCAAUCUAAUUGCUGCCGGCAGAACCGAGACCAGCCUGGCAGGGUAAAGACAGAGAACAAUGGCAAAAGGCCACCAGGAGGACAGUAGGUCCCCAGCUGGUGUAGUCGACAUGGUAUAGGCCAUUUCUCUGUUUCUUUCUGACCCUUGCUCUUGACACCAGAGGUGUUGGGUUGACUCCAUUUUCUCCAGCAGCCAUAAAAUGUGUUUCUCUCCAUCAUGCCCAAGAGGCAGUUAUGAUUCAAUCUCAACUUGCAUUUAAUUAUUUCUAAUUGGGAGCAAUGAAUGGUUUCAGUACAUAAAAUUUAUACCAGGAGUUUGAGAAAGGUGGAAGAGAAAGCCAAACCAAAUGGAUUACUUUAGCUUUAGGAUCUUUCGUGUCUGCAUUUACUAUUGACUGAUCUGCAGUUUAGAACACAUUUCCACAGUUUUGUUUCUUCAUAGGAAAACUAUAUUUAGUGGGCAACAUCUAUUUUUAUGAUGGGGUGGGGGAAAUAGAAACAUGGGUAAAGUCUAUACACAUUGAACAGCUUGGUUCAAGAUAGCAGGGGUAUUUUUAGAGUGGCAAUAAUUGAA